CGUAAGAGCGGCGUAAACUACGUGAAAGACGCAAGGAAUAAAAACGAAAACAACAAAAAGUUGAAGUAUGUGAAUUAUAGCUAAAAUUAACGAAAAUCGAAGUGAAGUGAAUGCCGGUUAAAGCAAAGUCUAUUAUGAUUAAAUGUUGAGUGUUAAACAGUGAGUGCGUGUGCGAAUUACGCUUAAAAGUGAAAGCUAAUAAACAAAAUAGCGCGAAAUCAACAUCAACAAAAUAACAAACAACGCUAUUGCGAAAAUAGUUCACCGACUACGGAUAAAGAAAAAAACAUCCACAUUAAUUAAAUUUAUUUUCUAUACUAUAAAUAACGGACCAAGCACCUCUGGGAUAAUGCAUUAGACGAGCAAGGCGAAGGACUUGGACAAAAAUGUUGCAGCGCCCCAAUUGGCAGUGGGCCACAUAACGUCGCCCCUUCCUCCACCACACACACACACAUAAACACAUUCAGCAUCCUGUGAGUCAAAUUCAAAGCAUGGCGACGCCCACGUCAAUAGAAGUCUUCAGUUGCCUGGCGCUUUUGCUCGGCGCUUUCAUCAGCAGCGGCUACUGCAUAGACUGUUUCAAGUGCGUCUCAUAUAAUGGCGCCAAUAAGGCGUGCGAUGAUCCAUUUCACAAUAAUUAUUCCACCGCCAUUCUGGAGUCGCCCUGCAUGGGCGGUCGCAAAGGACGCGAUGGCCUCUUUCCGGCAACGGCAUGCAUUAAAAUCGCCGGAUAUUAUGAUGACACCGGCGAGACGAUAACUGUGCGAGGCUGCGCCUUGGACAGCGGGACACUGACAACAGACACAGAGAUUAUAAGAAUGUCGCAUUGUGGUAAAUUCUACUAUGAUAACAGAUACGUGCAUGGCUGCCUUCAGAGCUGCAGUGACGCGGAUGCUUGCAAUGGCAGCCACCCAAAGGACGCCGUCGAGUCCUUAUUACUUAGCGUUGCGCUUCUCCUUUUGCUUGCAAGGUAGCAGUGACAACAACAACCAAUGCAGCAACAACAACAACAAAAAGAAGGAAAAGAACACGAAGAAAAGGAGGUGAAGCUUGUAGCAUCCUAUGGAAGUUAAAGGGAUUUAGCUAAAGUGAACGUGAAAAAGCAUUUAAUAUAAUUCAGCUGCGCGAAUAUUUUUACACUACUCAUACGCUAUCCCUUCCCCAUCUCUCUCACAUUGGCAAUCCCUUUCUCUCUCUCUCUUUCUCUCAGUGUCUACAAUUGCACCUUACCGUAAGUGCACGCACACUCUAACACUAACUGAAACACAAAAACACAGACGUGGAUGACACAGGAUUACAAAAUAAACGAAAGAAAUGCAUAAAUAUUUAUAUGGAAUUCAUCAAGCAAUUAUGUGAUUUAUAAAUGAAUAUUUAACAACUAUUUAACAAUAAUUGAUGAAAAGCAAAAGCGAAAUGAGAAAUUUCUAACUAAAGUAAAUUAAAAGAAAACCAAAAACAAAAAACGAAAA